UGGUGGGCUCGCAGGCAGGUUCCUCACCCAGUGGCCAUGGGCGACAGCAGUGGGCAGCCUGGCAUCCACACCUACAAAUCCCUCGCUGAGGAGGGCCCCUUCGGCUCUCUGGAGCCGCCCAAAAGACCCACAGGGAGCCUGGUCAUGCACAGCAUGGCCAUGUUCGGCCGGGAGUUUUGCUACGCGGUGGAGGCGGCCUACGUGACCCCAGUCCUGCUCAGCGUGGGCCUGCCCAGGAGUCUCUACAGCAUGGUGUGGCUCCUGAGCCCUGUCCUGGGAUUCCUGCUGCAGCCCGUGGUGGGCCUGGCCAGCGACCACUGCCGGGCCCGUUGGGGACGGCGGAGACCCUACAUCCUCACGCUGGGCAUCGUGAUGCUCCUGGGCAUGGCUAUGUACCUUAACGGGGACGCUAUCGUAUCAGCUUUGAUUGCUGACCCAAGGAAGAAGCUGAUUUGGGCCAUCAGCGUCACCAUGAUAGGUGUGGUUCUCUUUGAUUUUGCUGCUGACUUCAUUGAUGGGCCUAUCAAAGCCUACUUAUUUGAUGUCUGCACCCAUCGAGAUAAGGAAAGGGGCCUCCACUACCAUGCCCUCUUCACAGGUUUGGGAGGUGCCCUGGGUUACCUUUUGGGUGCCAUCGACUGGGCCCACCUGGAACUGGGAAGACUGCUGGGCACAGAAUUCCAGGUCAUGUUCUUCUUCUCCUCGUCGGUGCUCACUUUGUGUUUUAUUAUCCAUCUGUUCAGUAUCCCUGAAGCCCCGCUUAGAGAUGUUGCCAAGGACAUUCCCCCACAGGAAGCCCCUCGGGACCUUGCAUUGUCAUCAGACAGAACGUAUGAGUAUGGGUCUAUUGAGAAAGUAAAAAAUGGUUAUGUACACCCAGAGCUGGCGCUGCAGGGAGAAAAAAACAAAAAUCCUGCUGAACAGACUCAGAGGGCAGUGACCGUGAAGUCACUGCUGAGGGUGCUGUUGAGCAUGCCUCCCCACUACCGCUGCCUUUGCAUCAGCCACCUCAUCGGAUGGACCGCCUUCCUGUCCAACAUGCUCUUCUUCACAGACUUCAUGGGCCGGAUCGUGUACCACGGGGACCCCUACAGCGCACACAACUCCACAGAGUUCCUCAUCUACCAAAGAGGGGUCGAGGUUGGAUGCUGGGGUUUGUGCAUCAACUCUGUGUUUUCCUCCCUUUAUUCUUACUUUCAGAAAGCUUUGGUUCCCUACAUCGGAUUAAAGGGUCUUUACUUCAUGGGGUAUUUGCUGUUUGGCCUGGGGACGGGCGUCAUCGGGCUCUUCCCGAAUGUCUACUCCAGCCUGGUCAUGUGCACCUUGUUUGGCGUGAUGUCCAGCACCCUGUACACCGUGCCUUUUAACCUCCUCACCGCAUACCACCGUGAGCAGCAGGAAGAGCAGAGGCAGCAGGCCCGGUGCGGGGGCCCGGAUGGCAGCGCCAGAGGGCAGGGCGUGGACUGCGCCGCCCUCACCUGCAUGGUGCAGCUGGCUCAAGUCCUGGUUGGAGGCGGCCUGGGCCUUCUGGUCAACAUGGCCGGGAGCGUCGUCGUCGUGGUGAUCACAGCCUCUGCGGUGUCACUGAUUGGCUGUUGUUUUGUGGCUCUCUUUGUUAGAUAUAUGGAUUAGGUCAAUAAAGAGACAUCGUUCCUAAUCCCAGACACAGUGGAGCACACGGCAGGAGAUCGAUCUUUUCUUUAGCUCUGCACUGUUCGUAUCUGCCCAUGGGAUGCCGCGUGUUACGACUUCAACUGCGGUGAUCUGCCCACUCCUCACUCUCAGCCAGCCCUCUGCACAUCCGUUUCCCUAUUUCAGGCAUCAUUUGUCUUAGGAGAGACUGGGCUAUGCCUCCAUUCACUGGGGGCAAAGGGCAAGUGUGGGUGACGGCACCUCCCCGGGCCUUUCUCCGUCCGUCUCAGUGCAGCGGAAUGGAGAGGCAGGGUCUGUUUUCCACAGGGCAUUUCAGGCCUUGACGAAACCUGAGAAGCAGAGUAGCAUGUCCGUGUGAUGCUGGGAUUUAUGCUGUGAUGUGAUUUUUUUUAAACCUGCUGUCCAUGUAUAGUUGGCGGGGGGGAAUAAUAUUUUUCGUCAAAUUCACUGUAACUCAAAAUAUUGCCAAUGAUUUAUUUAAAGAUAUUAAUUCAGUCA